AUGUCUUGGAUUAACCAAAACUAGGUUACUAUCAAUAAACCUAAUAAUUUGCUUGGGUUAUUUAGUUAAUCCAGAGAUUCCUUACAUCAUGACCCUAGUGAAUAAUUUACAAAACUUCCACCCCAUCUAUAUACUAAACAUAAAGGAAAGAAACCUUCUUAAAUUCUUUAUGAUGAGGUUUAUUUACAUUACUAUAACAUAUUAGAUAUAUAAGGAAAUUAUUGAAACUCCAAAUAUAAAUAGAUUUGUAUAACCUCCUCCAUAAUAUGAAUUGAAAGAUUAGAAUUUCAAAUGUUGGUAAUGUCAAAAACCAAUUUCAAAUGGAUUUUUAACUAUAGGUGCUAAUUGUGAUUAAUGUUUCUUUCAUGGUCGUUAUUUUUGUAAUGAUUGCAUGUCAGUAGUUAGAAUGCCAAUUCCAUGGAAAGCGUUAGAUAGUUUUGAUUUAAGACAUUAUAAGGUUUCUAAACUUGCUUAAUCUGAAAUAGAUAAAUUAUAUGAUUUACCAAUUUUAGAAAUAACACCAACAUCUAAGUUAUUACAGCUUAAUAAAACUCUUUUUGAAUUUCUAGUUCUAAAAAGAUAGAUUCAUUUAUUAUAUGACAUGAUUUGUGAUCCUAAAUUAGUUCAAACAUUAUUAGAAAAAAGAAUGAACCUUUGUUUAAAAAGAAAUUGUUUUAGUUUAAAAGAUUUAUAUGAAAUUUAUAAUGGAAGUCUGACUAAAGUUAUUUAAGGAUAUUAUGUUAUUUUAUAUAAGCAUAUUGAUCUUUGUAAGAGUUGUCAAAAGAGAGGUCAUAUUUGUAAUAUAUGUUAACAUAUGGUACCAAUCCAUGCUUUUGAUAUAAAGAAUGUCACUUAUUGUGAUACUUGUUUAAAGGUUUAUCAUAGAGAAUGUGCUGAAUAAAAAUCAUGUCCUAAUUGUUUGCAAUAUAGAUGA